AUGGCCUCCGAAGAAGCCCACCAAGUUCAUCCUUCUCUUCAUUUUGUUCUCUUCCCGUUCAUGGCUCCGGGCCACAUGAUUCCUAUGAUUGAUAUAUCAAGGCUCUUGGCUCAGCGCGGUGUGACCAUAACAAUUUUCACGACGCCUCACAACGCAGCAAGGUUUAAGAAUGUCCUAAGCCGUGCAAUCGAGUCUGGCUUGCCUAUCAACAUAGUUCAUGUCAAGUUUCCAUAUCUAGAAGCUGGUUUUCCAGAAGGAAAAGAGAAUUUAGAUUCGCUUGACUCGAUGGGGCUUACGGUACCUUUCAUAAAAGCGGCUAAUAUGCUCGAAGAGCCGGUCAUGAAGGUCAUGGAAGAUAUGAGACCUAGACCAAGCUGUCUAAUUUCUGAUUGGUGUUUGCCUUAUACAAGCAAAAUCGCAGAUAAGUUUAAUAUACCAAAACUAGUUUUCCACGGCAUGGGUUGCUUUUGUCUUUUGUGUAUGCAUGUUCUACGCCAAAACCUCGACAGCUUGAAGAAUGUAAAGUCGGAUAAAGAGUAUUUCUUGGUUCCUAAUUUUCCUGGUAGAGUCGAAUUUACAACUCCUCAACUUCCUGUGAAAGCAAAUGCUAGUGGGGAUUGGAAAGAGUUCUUGGAUGAAAUGGUAAAAGCAGAAUACUCAUCAUACGGUGUGGUAGUCAACACAUUUGAUGAGUUGGAGCCUGCUUAUGUCAAAGACUACAAAGAGGCAAUGGCCGGGAAAGUAUGGUCCAUUGGACCCGUUUCCUUGUGCAACAAGGUAGGAGAAGACAAAGCAGAGAGGGGAAACAGGGCGGACAUUGAUCAAGAUGAGUGUCUUAAAUGGCUUGAAUCUAAAGAAGAAGGUUCUGUGCUAUAUGCUUGCCUUGGAAGUAUCUGCAAUCUUCCUCUGUGUCAGCUCAAGGAGCUAGGGCUAGGCCUUGAGGAAUCCGGAAGACCUUUCAUUUGGGUCAUAAGAAGUUGGGAAAAGUAUAACGAAAUAGUUGAGUGGAUAACACAGAGCGGUUUUGAAGAAAGAAUUAAAGAGAGAGGACUUAUUAUUAAAGGGUGGUCUCCUCAAGUCCUUAUCCUUUCACAUCAUUCCGUUGGAGGGUUCUUAACGCACUGCGGAUGGAACUCGACUCUUGAGGGGAUAACUGCUGGUCUACCGUUGCUCACAUGGCCGCUGUUUGGAGACCAAUUCUGCAACGAGAAGUUGGUCGUGCAGGUACUAAAAGCCGGUGUAAGAGCCGGGGUUGAGAUGCCUAUGAAAUCGGGAGAAGAGGAGAAAAUAGGAGUUUUGGUGGAUAAAGAAGGAGUCAAGAAGGCAGUGGAAGAACUAAUGGGCGAGAGUGAUGAUGCAAAAGAGAGAAGAAAAAGAGUAAAAGAGCUUGGAGUAUUAGCUCACAAGGCUGUGGAAGAAGGAGGCUCUUCUCAUUCUAACAUCACAUUCUUACUACAAGACAUAAUGCAACUAGCACAAUUUCAAGAAUUAGGCAUACGUAAUUAGUUUAAAGAAAUUGAAACAGUAAAUAGUUUUUUGUUUUGUUUUAUAUAUUGGAGAAAUUUGUAUCGUAGCCGUGGUGAGACACGGGGAUGAAUGAAUCAGCAGAAGACAACUCA